UUACAGGUAUUUUGAUAAUAGAAAGGAAUAAUUGGUGAAGGAUAUAAAAUGGUUCAAAGUUUGGAAGAUUUGAUAAUGGCGAUGUUUGAUUGUGCGGUGACACUAAGCAGCGGAGAAGGAGCUCGUGAAGAUGUCGCCGAAUCACUAAGUAAAAUUGGUAUCGAACAACCUACGAUUUUCCUUUCCGCUGCAUAUACUUUCUUGAUGCAACAUAGUAAGCUCACAGGACAAAAUAGAGCUUUUGUAUUGUCGACAGUAAAUCGAGUUCUUGAGCAUAAUCAAACGCCACAAGAUUUAGAUGAGCAACAGGCAUUGCUGAUAAUAAAUCUUGCCACACAGGAAAUGACGCUCUCUAAGGAAAGUGAUGACUGGCCACAAGCUGCUUGCAAUGUUUUGGUUACUCUGGCAAAGAGAAGUCGAUUUGUUGGACAUGUAAUGGAAGCAUUACUUCAGAAAUUUCCACCGGGUCAAAUUUCGUCUCCUCAUCGAUAUAUCGUUUUAACACUAGCAAAUGUCGCUGAACAUAAUGCAGUCGGAUUUGUGCCAUUCCUGACGGAUAUCCUAUCUCGUGUGAUUUCGGUUUUGCCUCACAUUAAAACCGAUAUCUAUCGAUACGCUUGGGCACAUGCUUUACGAGCAUUUUGUGAAUCAGUUCGUGAAUAUGUUUCUGUCUCAGCUGUCACAAAAACUGAAUGUGAUGAUAAUAGUGGCAGUGAUGACUGUGUUCAAAGUGAACGGGAAUCUAAAGCUCAAGCAUGUGGUGAACCAAAAAUUGUGCAGAAAAAUUAUGCUGAUCAAAUGGAAUUGGCUUAUGAACCAGUAUUCAGUUGGUUAAGUGCUAAAGACAUAAAGGUUCGGGGCGAAGCUGCUAAUUGUAUAGGAGAAUUAUGCCUUAUGAUUUCUCCAAAACGUUUAGUAGAUGAAAUGAGAAGGCUAAUACCAAUGCUUUUGAACUUACAUCGGAAGAUUAACACUGAUCAGCACCUUGUAACACAGGGUUUAUGUCGUUUUCUGGAAUCGGCAUGUGCCGAUGAAAACUGUCCGUUAGAUGCAUAUUUGGAAGAUAUCUUGAAUGUGUUAUUCCCAUUGGUAUAUUCCGUUGCUGAGCAAACUGUCGCUUCAAACAUUUCAAUGCGUAAUCAAAGCGAAGCAUUUCGUUGCUUUCAUGUCGCUGCAACACGUUUUGCCGAUAAAAUAGUAUAUUACUUACUGCACAAAAUGCAAAAUGCGCAGGAUAGUUCAAAGCUGGGUGCUAUCAAUGUUCUCAGACAUCUUUUAAAUUCAGCCGGGCCGUAUGUGGAAGAUAAACGUUCACUGGUAAUCCUUGGUUUAAAGCCAAUGUUACUUGCGGGUAGUGAAGGAUUGCUAAGUAUUCGAGUCAAAAAAGCAAUGUGUCAAUUGUGUGUGGCAUUAGCUGAUCAUGAAUAUAUAGAUGCGGAAGGUGGUAAUAAUGUGAUUGUAUUCUUGGUAAAGAAUCUUAUCGUUCAAGAAGGUGAAACGGCUAGGAAGACGUUCUUCUCGUCAGAAAUAGAAGCAGCAGAUAGUGCGGCACAUUUACGAGCACAGUGUGGACAAGCAUUGCAAACGAUAGCAAAAACAUCUUCAACAGCUCAUAGUUUACUUUGGCCAUACUUAUUCGAAUUUAUUUGCGCUCAAGAAUAUAACAUAGCAUUGACGGAUAUCUUCAAGUGUAUCAGGAUUCUUGCUGAACGAACGAUCGAAGCAGGAGGAAAACCCGAUUUUGAGAAGGGUUUUGAUAGCCCACACGUUGCUGGGAAUCUUCAAGUAUUUUCACGACUUAUAACAUGCACGAAUAAUGCACCACUUAAUUUCGUACUUUCAAAACGAGCUACAGAAGCUUUACGACUAUUAAGUGUUCUUGCUCCAUGGUUUCAUAAUUCGCUCCGAGAUGUUUUACCAAAAAGUUGUGAUGAAUUGCUUGUUGUAUUGAAAGGUUUGUCACCGCCAGGUAGCCUAAACAAUACGAUGGAAGGAGGUAGUGCAGUUUGCGAGCUUCGUCUUGCACGUAUUGCACGAUGGCAUACACACAUACUUGAUUUAUUAGAUCUCUGUGUAAGAAAUGUAAACGAUGGUGAAUGGCGAUGUGCAUUUGCAGCUGCUAUGGGGAAACAGUUCAGUUUAUAUGUUGAUGCACCUGAAGAAAAAGCAUUUCUGAUGCGAUGUCUCGGUGGUGCCUUGGCACUGUUAACAAACACAAGUUUUGUUGUUGAUCAUCUUAUUUUGUUAUUCCGUUCAACACUACAUGCGCAACAAGCCGAACGCACAGGUUGUGCUCAAGCGAUUGGUUAUUGCGCUACUACGCAUACCGAUUUGGUGCUCACAGAAUUGGAAAAUGUUGCCAAAUGGGAGAAUUUAAAGAAAAGUUCCGGUUUAUUUGGAUUUAUUAAGGAUGCUAUGCCAUACAAACAAUACAGUGAUCAGGAAAUGAUUAAUUUACGUGCUACCAUCAUGCUUAGCUACGGCCAUGUAGUUUAUUACUGUCCAGUAGAUGUAGUCACACAAAGAUUGGAGCAAACUGUACUAGUAUUUUUACGACAAUAUUUGGAAAAUCCAAAGCAGGAAGUGAUUGUUCGAGAAGCUUUGUUGGAAACAAUAUAUUUGGUUGCGGUCUCGGUGAGCCCGGCGCAUCUCGUAACUGAAUAUCAUUUGGAAUGUCGUACAGAACUUUUGAAUCAUAUUAAAGACUAUAUUGAAUCCGAAUCACCAGAAACUUUAUCGAAUUCCGUAAGGCUACUUGCUGGUAAAGCAGUUGCUGCUUUGGUUGCGUUGGAUCCAACUAUAUCUGAUGAUGAUAUUUGGCAAAUUAGUUAUGUUCUAACAAAUCAUACGUUUCCUUUAUGCCGUGAACGAAGUGGCUUGAAAACUAUUGAUGAUGAUGAAAGUUCAACAAUGAUGGAGGCUACAGUAAAUCAGUAUCAUGCUGCAAUUGAGCAAAUAAUCAAGAAAAAAGCUACUGUCGGAACCGUUACACAUUUGCUGAAGCUUUUUCAACCGUAUUAUGCCUCUGCUGCUGGUCAUGAACGUCUACGGGCUGUCAAUGCUACAUUACGCGUGCUUACGGUUUAUUUUGAGCAUGCUGCAGAUUUUGCGUUGGGUCGUGCAAGUGAGUUUGGCCCGAUGUCAUCAUUGUUAGCUCGGCUGGUACCACGAAUUGCUGAUUCAUUAUGUGCUGUUCGUCAUGCUGCAUUGCGUGCUGUUUACUGGACAUUCCGACUAGCUCAUGUCUAUAAAGGUCUUGCCCGAGAUAGUGUCGAUAAUACCUUAUUUGAUCCAACUGUAUUCAUCAGUGAGUAUCUUGGUGACGAGGGUAAACUGGAAGGAAUGCUUUCACGGAAAGCUGUCAAAGUUAUGGCUGAUAUUACUGAUAGCCGUCUGCCACAAUCUCAAAUACAAACAUACGUAUCAGGUUUGUUUGGCAUGCUAAGUGAUCGCCAAAGUCAGGUCAGUUCAGCAGCUGCUCAAUUACUUACUAGUAUGCUCACACAUCGAGGCGAUAUUCUUUCUGCAGAGGCUGAUACAUUAGUCACAACAUUAUUAAAUAAAUUGCCGGAUAUACAUGCAUGCGUACAAACUUAUACCGAUUUAUUGGCAGCUUUGAUAGCAUUUGCGCACCAUCAGCUAUACGCGUGUAUCGAUGUCAUGUUGGCUAGACCAUUACCCUAUUCUGUAUCACUGAUUGAUGCGUGGCAUACUAUGUCACAUGAUCAUUCUCUUUUUCCUUUAAUUGCUGAUUAUUUGUUGGAAUUGAUAACAACCGGAUGUGGUUCAACAGAAACAUCCGAGGUACCGUUCGAAAUUCUGGAUACUGGUGCUGGAUCAUCAGUGAAAAUUGUAAAACCUGAUGUUUGUACAUUAGCAGCAGCUAUUGCAGAAAUUAUUAAGGCUGGUGAACCAGAAGUGGAACUGUGCAAGCGAAUUCCAAAUAUUUUAGCAGCCUUAUUGCAGUUUCUUGCAGCCGUUGUUGAUACUCAAUAUCCAGUGUUGAUGAAGGAAAAAGAUGGAGUAAAGUCGUUGAUCAUCACUCCGGAAUUGCGUCGGCUGUCAUCCACUCCGGCUGCUCUGGCAUCACAGGCUUUGCGAAGUUUGUUUCUUCGAACACUCGAUGAUGCUAUCGUUGAAAAAAUGAAUUCAGAACGUGCAUGGAGUGAUUGUGUCGAUACGUUGCACUUUACGAACGGCAUAGCAGUUUUAACUCGUUCACUAAGUGAACAUCGUCCUGAAUGGAUACGACCACUUGUAAAGUUGAUGAUACCUCGUAUGCAGUCUCCCAGUGAUGCAUAUCGUAUUGCUGCAACAGCAGUUUUAUCUGCUUUAACCAAACGAUGUCCAGAUGAAGAAGGAGAAGACGAUAAUAAACUUCUUGAGGCGCUAAUUGCAAACUUAAUGAAAGCACUGGAAGAUCGUAAUUUAAAAAUUCGAAAAUUAGCUGUUCGGGGACUUGGUGAUUUGGCGUGCUGUAGUGAUUCAAUUUUAAACAAAUAUUCAUCGGAUGCAAUACAGGCAGCAAUGGCCGGGUUAGAUGAUAGUGGUGAUCGUCGAGAUGAGAUUGCAAUGGAAGCAGUUAACGCACUGAAUAAACUUUCUACACGUGUGCCAAAUACAGAUCUGGAGAAUAUACUAUCGAAUGUAUUGUUGAAAUUACGACCAUGUUUUGAAAAAGAAAGCAGUGCGUUGCGUGCUGUAUCAUUCAGUUUAUUUGGUGAAUUAGGCCAACGUAUGGGUUGUUAUGACGCAUAUCGUGAACAAUUACUUAUAAAUAUUGUUUCAAUUGUUUUGCAUUUGAAUGAUGAGGAGGAUCAAGUUAAGCAGAUGUGUGCGCGAUGCCUUGUAACAGUAAGUUCAUUGUUAAAUUCCGAUCGUUUGACAUUGUUAAUUGAGCGCGACUUGAAAACCGAUGAGCAAUGCCGUAAUUAUCGUCAAUUUUUAAAGCAAUUCAGUGUAAUAUUAGCUUUUUCAUUUCCUGAUCGCAUCAACUAUUUUGCUUUGAGCUGUAAUAAUUAUUUCAAAAGUACAUCAUCUCGUAUCCGUUCCAACGCAGCUCACAUGACGGGUUAUUUGUUGGGAGAAUUAACACCAGAAUUACGGAGUACUGUUUCAAAAGAAUUAAUAUUCGCAGGGUUGAUGUUACUACUAAAAGAUCACGAUAUUGAUGUACGCCUAUCAACUGCUCGAGCUAUAUCAUGUUUACAUCGUUAUACAUAA